UAAACAGCUGCAUUCACAAGGAAAAGUGUCUUUAUUAUUUAACAAGUUGUUUGGGAAAAUAUUAAAAUAUUACUUAAAAUUAUUAAAUUUUGUAGUGUUUAAAUAUGAGACACAUUAAAUUUUUGGCCCGCACUGUUUUGGUGCAAAAUAACAAUGUGGAGGAGGCCUGCCGUUUGAUGAAUCGCAUUUUGGGCAAAGAAGAAAUUUUCGAUCAAUUUCGCCGCACACGCUUUUAUGAGAAACCAUACCAAGUGAGACGUCGUGUUAAUUUCGAAAAAUGUAAAGCCAUUUAUAAUGAAGACAUGAAUCGUAAAAUACAAUUUGUUUUGCGUAAAAAUCGCGUUGAACCCUUCCCCGGCUGCAAUUAAAUUAAGUGUUUAUUAAUGUUUAAUAAUGAUUUAAAAUAAGUCGUUUAAUAUAAUAAAAUUAUAAGGAUUUUAAA